CCAGAGCGGCCUGGAUCCAGAUUCCGGUUCUGAAGUCACUGGAGCAGGAGGGCCAGGACCUGGUUGUAACAUCCCUGGAGCAGCCCGGAUCCAGACUCCGGUUCUGAAGUCGCUGGAGCAGGAGGGCUGGGACCUGGUUCUGACGUCCCCAGAGCGGCUUGGAUCCGGACCCUGGUUCUGCCCUCUCCGUCUGUGCGAUCACCAUGCUGCCCCUGCUGGCGCUCUCUCUCCUGCUGGCGCUGCCCGGCGCCAGCCCCAAGGAGUGCUUCUUCUGCGAGGUGACAUCCUCCCGCCACUGCCCCAGCACCCGCAUGAGCUGCGCCCAGGAUGAGGAUUGCUUCGUGGGGCACGGGGCCGCCCUGGGCGUCUCCCUCAUCCAGACCAAGGGCUGCACCCGGGCCAUCCGCUGCGGCAAGGAGCACCCCGUCACCCACAUGGGGGUGACCUACAGCCUGGUCACCGUGUGCUGCAAGGGCAGCCUGUGUAACGGGGCCGGCGUCCGCCCGCGAGGGCCCGGCCUGGGUCUGCAGCUGGCGCUGGGCACGGCCGUGCUGCUGCGGGCGCUGUGAGAGACUGGGGGGGGGUUGCGCGAAGAGGCGUUGGCGGAAUAAAGCCCUGGCACAGGGUGA